AUGGUACCGAUGUAUGGAGAAGGAAAGGCAGAAGCUCUGAGAAGACUGCGCUUAGCAAUUGAACCGACCAAAACAGCUCCAUUUAUCGUGCCAUUUGGCAAAAAUAACCAUUUCACCGGUCGUGAAUCCGAACUCGCUGAACUACAAAAGGGUCUUUUCGUUAAGGGCCAGACAACCAAGAUUGCAAUCACAGGAAUCGGUGGAAUCGGAAAAACACAGCACUUGAACUAG